UGCCCUAAUUCUUACACUGCGUCUUCUUCAUCUCUCUCUCUCUGUUUCCAUUGAGGGGCAAUGCCAAUCCUUCAACUCCUCCCCAACCCAUUCUUCUUCAACUCUUUCCAUUCCAAAUCCCUAACUUCCCCGAUCCCCAACCAUAAGCCCUUCUCCAAAUCGUACUCUUCCACCGCUGUCAAAUGCGUCCUUCAAUGGAAUCGGAAGCCCGAGCUCGCCGGUGACACUCCCCGCGUCGUCGUUGUCACCUCCGGCAAAGGUGGAGUCGGCAAAACCACCACCACUACCAAUGUCGGUAUUUCCUUGGCCCGCCUUGGGUUCUCUGUUGUGGCUAUUGAUGCCGACGUUGGCCUCCGGAAUCUCGACCUUCUUUUAGGCCUUGAGAAUCGUGUAAAUUACACGGUUGUUGAGGUUCUUAAUGGGGAUUGCCGGUUGGACCAGGCUCUGGUGAGGGAUAAACGAUGGUCGAACUUUGAAUUGCUUUGUAUUUCUAAGCCCAGGUCGAAGUUGCCGAUGGGUAUUGGUGGGAAAGCCUUGGUUUGGCUUGUGGAUGCGCUCAAAGCUAGGGAGGAAGGUUGUCCCGAUUUCAUUCUUAUCGAUUGUCCGGCUGGAAUUGACGCUGGAUUCAUUACCGCCAUUACGCCAGCCAAUGAGGCGAUUCUUGUAACGACGCCAGAUAUCACCAGCUUAAGAGAUGCAGACCGGGUGAUAGGAUUGCUCGAAUGCGAUGGAAUUCGGGACAUUAAGAUGAUGGUGAAUCGGGUUCGGACGGAUAUGAUUAAGGGGGAGGAUAUGAUGUCUGUACUAGACGUACAAGAGAUGUUGGGAUUGGCUUUAUUGGGUGUAAUUCCCGAGGAUUCAGAGGUAAUUCGUAGCACAAACAGAGGGUACCCUCUGGUAUUAAACAAGCCACCCACAUUGGCGGGUUUGGCCUUUGAGCAGGCAGCUUGGAGGCUUGUUGAACAGGACAGUAUGACGGCUGUGAUGGUUGAGGAGGAGCCGAAGAAACGAGGUUUUUUCUCAUUCUUUGGAGGCUAAGAGAUCAAAUUCUCUGCAGACGGAUGUGCUCUGAUCUUAAGGGGCCAUGUAUAAAUUGGAGUAGAAGGAUUUGAUAGUGUUAGAAGAGCACCUGCAACUGCUACUCCUUGUUCAAGAGGACAUGCUACGGUGAGUAGUUCUGUAUAGUUGGUGUGAUUCUGAUUCUCUUGAUUUGAUUGGUAGAUAUCUUUAUAUUAGUUCUAGACUCCUGUUUUGGCAUUUGUUAGUGAGAGAAAUUUCACACUUUGUUUUUAGGUUAAAUAAUGAUAGCUUUGCUUGGUUCCUAGAGCACUUCUAAUGUGAUGGAAUGAAAUCUCGCGCUUGCCUUUCUGAA